AUGGAGGUCUUGGGGCCUCGUCUUCUAAACUCCAUAGCUCUCGCGAAGGAGACGAUGGUCUGGUCCCGUAUAGAACUUCGAAACAACGGCGACGUCAGUCGGGUAAAAUAUUGGAUUGAAGAUGAUGUGGUCUAUUUCACUAUGGAAGCAGGUGACUCCCAUGUCCAUUGCGAAUCAGAGAGCUUGGAACUACGAGCUACCAUGGAUGGUUUGGCUUGA